AUGGAACUUGUGGAGAAGUUCGUGGAGAAGCAUGCCUCUGUUAAGUACCAGACAUGUGCAGAUGGGUCUCUGGGAGAUCAGUUUUUGGCAUUGAGGAUGCAGUGCCAGGAAUAUAAUGGUAACAUUGAUUGUAAAAAGAAAAGCAAGAAGUGGAAGAAAGAAAAGUUAGGUAAUGAAAUCUUAUUGCUUAUGAAAAUUAAGGAGAUAGCAGAAGAGAAGGAGACCAAGUGGCAGAAUGAGAGGAGGCAGAUGAAAGAGAGUUUAGAUAAGAUUGCAGAGUCUGUUCUUGAAACUUCUGCUGAGUCCAGUAAUGAAUUGGGAAAUUUAAAGGCAGAAAUAGAUGAAUUAACCGAAAGAAACAAAGGGCUGGUGGAGUUGGCAGAGAGGUAUGAGCUUAAGGUUGGCUCUAACAGGUCCCAUUUAUUGUCUUUAGAGAAUAAGAUUAUAACAAAUAUCUGCACAAUUUCAUCUAUGGAUGGGGGCGAGGUAACAGGCAUGGUAGCUGAUAGUCCUCCAGCUUUGACCAUCCAGGACAGACUUCAUUUGUGUAAAGUUAUUGGAGAAUGUAAUACAAGCGAGUCACCAAUAACUUUAUCCAAUAGGUUAGAAGCUGUAGUGAAGCAGUAUCACCUAGAUAACAAAGAUGCCUGGUCUCUGCUCCGAGCUUGGCUUCCAGGGACACUGGCAGCGCAGUUAACAUCUGCCCACAUAGAUGAUAAUGACCAUAGAGGUGAAGAAUUCAGGAGGAAGGAGCUGCAGCGUGUUUUGGGUGGGCGAGACAUUAGGGGUGAAGAUGCCUUAAGAAAGUUGCGGUUCAGGCGAUGUGAUGAUCCGGUCAUGUUUUGUAAUGAUUAUCUCUCUCUAUAUAAGUGUGUUUAUAACUGCCCAGAAAUGUCUCAGGAUGAUACCAAUUUCCUGUAUUCCAUGGCAAAUAGAUGUAACGUAGAUUACACCACAAGACUGGCGCUGAGAAAUACCAGCUCCCAUGAGAAAUGUAUCAAUAUUUUGAGGGACUGGUGUGAAGGGUCUGGAGACAGGAAUGAGACACCCGAAAACAUAUCUGUUGUGUAUAGACCUAGGAGGAAAUGGUGGGUUAGAUAUUGUUACAAAUGUGGGAGACCAGGACAUAUUAAAAGAUAUUGGGAGACAUCUAAUGUGCACCCUGAGCCUAUAGACCAUUCAUCACAGCAGGAGGUUAGCAGCAUUCAGCCUGAGGGGGAGAAUAUCACCCAGAAUAAAGAGGUCACACAAAGGUGUGAAGAGAUGGGUGAUAUGGAGGCUAACUCUGUUACAUUUGCAUCAAAUUUUCCAACAAAACAGUGCCCUAAUGUAAAUGAAGAAGAGACAAAGAAACAGAAAGACACAUCCCCUUGUGAACAGCAAAAGGCAGGCAUUAAUAUCCCAAUGUACAAUCCAUGGACUGACCACCAUUGUCAUGAGAUGUUGCAGCAAAGAUACUAA